ACGCACCAAUAGGAAAAACGCUAAAGUAACGUGACACUUUUUCUAUUGUGGACUCAUUUCGGAUUACACGUGUGUAGCUUAAUGUUAAUGUGUUUAAGAAAAAAGUAAAAAUGAAAAGAAAAGGUCAGGCAGAAAUGGUUGACUCCUCAUUCUUGGAAGAUGCUGCGUGCAGUGCGAAGUCCAAGAAGUUUUCACCCUUUCCAGAAUCAAAGGAUGCAGUAUUAAAGCCAGUAAAAUUAACACAAAGGGAGCUCUACAAGCCCCCUACCACUGAAGAAGUAAAUCGGCUUCAAGAAACCGAGAACCUGUUCCACUCAAGUUUGCUAAGAAUGCAGAUUGAAGAACUUUUGAAGGAGGUGAUUCUUUCAGAGGAAAAAAGGAAGAAGAUUGAUUUGUUUGUUCAGGAGGUUACUACGUUGCUUUCUUCUGUUCCUGAAACAAAUUUUACAGAGAUUGCUGAUCAGUCAUGGCUUCCUCCAGGUAUUAAAGUGCCUCUGCUGCAGAUUCCUUUCACAGUGAAGGGACGAUUUCGAAUGGCACCCCCUUGUUCUCUCAAUGUGGUUGGAAGCUACCCACUAGGAACCUGUACCAAACCUGAUAUAAAUGUGGAUCUGGCAGUUACAAUGCCACCAGUGAGUAUUAUAGCCAUCAAGAUGCAUUCUCCAGCUGCUAUGCCCCCAUUCCACACCAAACAUUUUCUUAGCUUAAUUCAUUCAAAGCUGGAUACACAAUUUUAA